UAGUUGGUGCAAUCGAUUGUGCGCAUGCGAUAACAGAUGAGGAAAAAUUGUUGUUGCAUUUAGGAUUUGCAUUAUAUUUGUAUGACGACUGCGCUCGCCUAAACAAACUGCUGCUAUAAAAUGGACGCUAAAUUGGAUAUGUUUGAGGACGUCAACACAUCGCCCUCACUGGAGGGUGACAUGUCGAUACCCGGCAGACGAACAACGACAACCACAUCACAGAAUGGUGUGCCCGACUAUAAUACCCUGGAUGAACCUAUUCGUGAAACUGUGCUGCGGGAUAUACGUGCUGUGGGCAUCAAGUUCUAUCAUGUGCUCUAUCCCAAAGAGAAGUCGAGUCUGCUUCGCGAUUGGGAUCUGUGGGGUCCAUUGGUGCUCUGCACCUUAAUGGCUACCAUACUUCAGGGCUCCUCGUCAGCAGACAGUAUGGCUGACAAUGGGCCUGAGUUUGCUCAGGUCUUUGUUAUUGUUUGGAUAGGUGCUGCCAUUGUAACGCUCAACUCCAAGCUGCUAGGUGGCAAUAUAUCAUUCUUCCAAUCGGUUUGUGUACUCGGUUAUUGCCUAACUCCCGUAGCGUUGGCCUUGAUCAUUUGUCGCGUGAUCUUGAUGGCGAAGCACACACGUUUUCUUUUCUUUUUGCGCUUUGUUACCACCACAUUGGGUUUUACCUGGGCAACGUAUGCUUCAUUCAUCUUUCUGGGACAGAGUCAGCCGCCACAUCGCAAGCCGCUUGCCGUCUAUCCCAUAUUUCUAUUCUUCUUCAUCAUAUCUUGGCUGGUGUUGUCGCAUAAUUAGUGGACCCCUUGCCAUCUCUAUGUUUAGUUGCUACACUUACUGUUUGUACUUUCCAUAGCAUUUAACCAAAUUGAUUGUAAAUUUAUAAGCUAGAA